UUAUUAUUAUUGUUAUUUUUUUUAAUCGUCUGAUUUAUUUACAACCGAAAAAACGGCAAAUAUUUAUUUUAGAAUAUAAAAUGUCAAAACAAAACAACUUUUUGCCACGAUUAAUAUUGAUUGCCUGCGGUUCAUACAGUCCGCCAACGUCAAUGCAUUUGCGGAUGUUUGAAAUAGCGCGAAAUCACUUCAUGGAGCGUGGAAUGUUUAGGGUAAUCGGCGGCAUAAUAUCACCAGUGCAUGAUGAGCAACACAAGCAAGGACUGGUAGGGGGUGAGCAUAGAUUGGCAAUGUUGAAGUUGGCUUUACGUUCAUCGAAUUGGAUACGGCUUUCCGACUGGGAACUGCGUCAAACACAAUGGACACCGACAGUGGAUGUGCUGAAAUAUCAUAAACACUGCAUAGAAUAUGCCGCGAAAACGGAGCGUGGAGAGGCUAGAGAAGGUGAUUAUGCCGAAUGGCUGCCCGCUGAGCUGUGUGCGUGUACAGCUGACGUGCAGCUGCGAUUUUUGUUGGGCAGUGAUCUGUUGGAGACACUAGCCGAUACGAAGUUGUGGUCUAAUGAGGAGAUCGAAAGUUUAUGCAAUUAUGGUCUAGUUGUCCUCACACGCAUUGGCUCGAAACCUGAUAAAUUUGUUUUUGAAUCCGAUAUUCUAUCAAAGUAUUGUCGCAAUAUCGAAUUCAUUACGAAUUGGACUACAAACAAUCUCAGUUCAACUUUGGUGCGUCGUUUACUGAGACGUGGACAGUCUGUAAAAUAUUUGCUUGAUGAUGACGUAAUUGAAUACAUAAAUAAACAUAACUUGUACCGUUAGAGUUAAAGCCUCAAUGGUUAGUUUUCGACAGCAACCUCUCGCUCUGGUGUUCC